UCUCUGCCUCUCUUUCAGUCCGUACCACGUCCACACCAGAGGACGCAGAUAUGAUGUCCGUGAACGCCUCCUCAGCCUUCCUCUGUGCAGUUUGAUGCUUUUUUUUUUUUUUUUUUUUUUUUUUUUUGCACUUUUACAAGUUGACUGAAGAGGAGUUUUGUUGCCUGUGAAAAGUGUCUAUGAGGACCAGACAAAGUUUUCUGCCUCCACUUUUAAAAGCAUAGCAGGAGUAGAGUCGAUCCCCUUCUGUUUUCCACUUUUCUCGUCCUUGUGCGGACUUCGGGUUAGUUUGGCGUACUUUUCGGGGACGUACAGUGUGCAGACCCCACAAUGCUGCUCCAGCUGCUUGCCCUGGCCUGUGGUCUGUGCUUUGGUUUAACCUCCGUCACUGCCAAUGUGCUCAAAGCCGAGGCGUGGCUCCAGCAGUAUGGCUACUUGCCUCCAGGUGAUGUCAGAGCUCAGGCUAUCCGCUCGCCCAAGUCAAUCGAAACGGCGAUAGCUGCCAUGCAGAGGUUUUAUGGCCUGACCGUCACCGGCUCCAUAGACUCCAACACAUUACAGGCGAUGAGUCGGCCGCGGUGUGGCGUCCCCGACAAGUUUGGUCCACAGCUGAAAACGAACCUGAGGAGGAAGAGAUACGCUGUACAGGGUCUGAAAUGGGACAAGUCUGAGAUCACGUUUAGCAUAGAGAACUAUACCCCCAAAGUAGGUCAACGUGCCACAUUUGAAGCCAUCCGAAAAGCCUUUAAGGUGUGGGAGAGUGCGAUCCCCCUCACCUUCAGAGAAAUCCCCUACAGCCACAUCAGGGACAAAGUUGAUAAGUUCGCAGACAUCAUGCUGAGCUUUUCGGAAGGUUUCCACGGCGACAGCACACCAUUCGACGGCGAGGGAGGCUUCCUGGCUCAUGCUUACUUCCCUGGUCACGGCAUCGGGGGAGACACGCACUUCGACCUGGCAGAACCCUGGACUACUGGGACCGUGGACCAGGGAGGUAAUGAUGUUUUCCUGGUCGCUGUCCAUGAACUGGGCCACGCUCUCGGUCUGGAACACUCCAACAACCCCUCUGCCAUCAUGGCCCCCUUCUACCAGUGGUUUGACACCGAAAACUUCCAGCUCCCAGAUGACGACCGCAGAGGCAUUCAGGCGAUCUAUGGUACCAAGUCUGGAGCCCCUCCUCCUCCACCUCGACCUACGAAGGCCUCCAAACCUGACCGUCCUGAGCAUGGACCUGACAUCUGUGAAGGACACUUUGACACUAUCGCCAUCCUCAGAGGGGAAAAGUUUGUAUUUAAGGACAAGUGGUUUUGGCGUGUACGUAACAACAAGGUGCUGCCGGGCUACCCCAUGCCCAUCGGUCACUUUUGGAGGGGUCUGCCGUCAAACAUCAAUGCAGCCUAUGAAACAGAUGCUGGGAAAUUUGUCUUCUUCAAAGGUGAUAAGUACUGGGUUUUUAGUGAGUCAAGCAUGGACAAGGACUCUCCAAAGAACUUGAAGGACAUGGGCACUGGUCUACCCAAAGACAAGAUCGAUGCUGCUCUCUUCUACACACCAACAGGACAGACUUACUUCUUCAGAGGGAAUAAGUACUACCGUUUCAACGAACAGACUCGUACUGUGGACAGUGGUUAUCCAAAGCCCAUCAGCAUGUGGAGCGGUGCCCCCGACAACAUCAAAGCUGCUUUUAUGAGUGAAGAUGGAUCCUACACCUACUUCUACAAAGCCAACAAGUACUGGAAAUUCAACAACCAGUACAUGAAGGUGGAGUCCGGUUACCCCAAGUCUGUCCUCAGCGACUGGAUGGGCUGUGACAACGAGGAGCCCAAGAAGGGUCGAGAAGAGGAGGUGAUCAUCAUCGAGGUGGACGAAUCCCAGAGCGGGGCCGGACCGGUGGCCGUGGUGAUCCCACUCCUCCUUUUGGUUCUGGUGGUGGUCACUCUGGGAGCGCUUUUGUUCUUCAGAAAGUACGGCACGCCCCGGCGCCUGCUGUACUGCCAGAGAUCCCUCCUGGACAAGGUGUAAACAGAGCCAGAGGGGACAGACAGACUGCCACAGAGGGACAGAAAGAGAGACAGAGGGCCGGAAGGGGACGGAAACGAACGGAGCAGGAGGAGAGAGAAACUGGAGAAAAGACUACAAGAACAGAGGGAUCCAAGUGUUAAGGUUUUGGUGGUUUAUAUUCGCCACAAAAGACAGAAAGAAAUCAAAGCCCUAGAAACUGAAAUCAGGAAAAUGUGUAUUAAUAUGUUAACGAUUAACAUGUACUGUUCUGUGUUCAGAGGUUAAGAACAUACCCACAUAGAGAAGGGAAACAUUCCAAAACUCCUCCGGUACGCCCUCCCCUCUCACAACCCAGGCAUUAAGAAACAUUUCCUCUGCUUUAACUGGACGACUCCAGCUGAAUUGCUGUCUGAUUUAUUACAUUCAACAUGUAGACAUUUAAACUUGUUUCACUUUCAAAUUCAUCAUCUCUAUUUUUCCGUUGAAGUACAUUUCCUGUCAGAUUUGUUGCUGUUUCACUUUAAAGGUUGUUUUUAUGACAUGAACCUGAGACCAAAUCGAGCUAUCCAAAACUUCCUGUAUUUUUCUUUCUCUCUUUUCUUUUUUUUUUUCACUAAGUAGGUCCGGAGUUGAACCUCCGACUCUGAAAGUUUAUCUGCAGCACUGAGAACUGCAAAAUAAGCCCCAGAAGAUGAAAUCAAAUGUCCAAAUUUAAAGCCUUUUGGCAUACCUCUAAGUCAGAUGAGCUCAAAAAUUAGUUACAUUUGAACGGUUUUAUUUGUGUAAUAGUCGCUAAUACUUAACAUUUUAUAAAUUUGGCGUCUUAGGCUUGAGUGUGUAAAAUGUGUACGUCCUUAAGUCAUUUGGUCAUUUGUUUAAAUUACCCACGUGCCUUUUUAAAGCCAUGUCACUGUGUAGAAAAAUCAGCCCACAGGCUUUUAACAUGGAUGUAAACAUCACUUAGCUUAAAAAUUGAAUAAGCUACUGUUAGCAUCUGACUGGGUCCAGCACAAAAUAGACUUAAAGACAAAUGUACGGCCCUUAUACAUUCAAACUUUAUAUAAAACUACUGAAGUUAACAUUUAAAGGUGGAAUAUGUAAUAUUCGCUAAUGGUGUGCGAUACUGCAUAUUAUGGUAUCGAUCCAAUACUAAGUAAAUACAAGUCCAGUAUCGCUGAUACCGAUACUUUUCAAUAAUUAAGGCGGACGCAUCAUCAAAUUGUUAAAUCUCAAUUAAUUUUCAUGACCUUUAAAUGUUUUUGUGAUGUUUCCUUUUUUAUUAUUAAAUGGUUAAAACCCAGGACAGAAUUAGGACAAAGUUUAUAGGUAAAUAGAUAAAAACUUUAUUAUCAAAAUAAGUUUGUUUCAGGAACAAUAGAACAGCAACAAAAAAAAAAUUUCCCUAUAUAUUGUCAUGUUUGGAAUUUUUUUUCUUAAAUAAACAAAGUGGAAAUAAUGAUCACCGGAAAACAAAUUAAAACAAUUUUUUUUCUGGGUAGUGUUCAGAAACUACAAUACUAAAAUGAAAUGAAACUUAUGUGUACCUUAUAGCAUUUUUAUAAAUUAUACCGAUGCCGUUGUCUCGUUUUGAAUGCUGUCGUAAAGUUUGUGUUGGAGUUUGUGUUGUGCUAACAGCUGGUCAUUUGUUGAUGAAUGAUGUUAGUUAAUCGGUUUCAAAGGUAACGGCGCUAGUGUUGCAUGUAUAAAGAAGCAAUAGAGAGACACUGAAAAAGUGAAGAAUGAAGGUAGAAAUUUUCACAGCAAAUUCGACCCAGGUCCCUCCCAUAGAAACCAGUGCACAGGAGAUUACCGAGGCAGUCAGGGAAGGUGCUACGUUAACGGUCUACCCUGGCAAGACAUCGGAAACAGUAUUUCAUAUACAACACAUACUGAAAGUUAAAAUCUUUUUGCUUAUUUAGGGAAGUAUUAGCAAUUUAACUGAAAAUCCUCAUGGCUGUUCAAGACUUUUAGCAUUUUGUUAGCCUCAUAGCAUAAUUGGCUAAAAAGUCAUAUUUUUUUUGGGUCAUAGCCAAGAAUGCAAAAUGAAGCAGCAGUGUUAGGACAGUAAAGUCACGCAGAUGUCACAAUUUGGCCAAAAAUAUGAUUUUUUUUUUUUUUUUUUCAAAUUGCAAAUACUCAUUAAGCUAUGAGGCUUAUGAUUUGGUAAAUUUGGCAUCUUCUAUUAAAGGGGUCAUAUUUUGUUAAACCCACUUUUAUUAGUCUUUGGUUCAUUUAUUUGUGUAUUUGGACCCGAAUAGUUCAUAAAGUUUGAAUUUGAGCCCUCCAGGUGCUGCAAAGCUAUCUUU